UAGACGUUGCUAGAUCUCUCAAAACUAAACGGAUUAUCGCAUUCCGCCAUUGUUUGUUAUUGUUAUUGUUUGGGUCGUCGUGUCGCGUCGUUUUGAUUUGUUUGUUUUCAUUUUGAGUUUCGUGUUUUCUAAAACCAAAGACCUUUGUCUAAAACCAAUAAGAAUGAGAACUAGUUCAUCACAAUUCGAAUUAAUGGUGACGUUUAUGCAGGAGCAUGGAGAUUUAAGCAAACCCUCCACCAAUGCUAGAGGCAGGAUGACUACAAUUAGACGGUGGGAGGAAUUAACUACAUUUCUAAAUAGCGAUGGAAGUGGUGACACAAAAACCACUGAAAAGUGGAAAAAGGUGUGGAGUGACUUAAAAAAUAAUACAAAAAAAAAAGCUGCUCGUAUCCACCGAGCAGCCUCAGGUACUGGUGGUGGGCUUGCCCUAACAAUUAAGUUAAUAGAUUUAGAACAAAGAGUCCUAAAUCUUAUUGGUAUGCAGGCUGCAACAGGCUUGGCAGUGGCAGAGGGAGGUUUUUCACAGGAGAUUAAUAUUGAAAGAAAUAUGCCAGACCCUGUUGAAGAAAUAAGGCUACCAUCGCCUUCUGGAAGUACCCAAGCUGAAGACAUUCAAAUAAUACAAAUCGCAGAGUGCACUGAUUCAUUGAACGAGCCUGGACCAUCUAGGCGAGAUAGCAGACCACAACCCCCAGUCCAAAUGCCACCUCCUACGUCUCCACCUCCUCACCACGUAGAGGCUGUUGUAAUAGUAGAAAAUGCAGAAAACCGGAUCUCACCAGUUCCACCACCACAUGCUGAUGCAACUCAGGCACAGCCUGCUCUCUCUGGGCAAACAACACCUCGCCGCAGUAUCAGGCCAAGAGUCUCUCGAACAAGACCAUCACCUAGGAGACUCGUAAGGCCAACACAAACAGAGCAGGCGGCUCAACAUUUCCUCCAUUCUGAUGAAGAAUGGAGGAAGUUCAAGAUACAGCAGCAUCGUGAUAAUGUGGAAAUGGCAAGAGACAAAAACCGGGUACGGGAAAUGGAGGUGGAAACGCAGAGGGCAUGGCUAGCUUUAGGUUCUAGAGUAUUAGAUUUAGUUGAUAAGGUAGUAAAUAAAUUUUGUAAAGAUUAAAUUAGAUUAGUAGCUUACCAUACCUCAUAGUUGUAUAAGUAUUUCAUCAUUAGUUUGUUAGUUAAAUAAAGAAUAAUACCAAUUGAACAUAAAUAAAAAGAUUUUUUAUUUAUCACAUAUAUACAUACAAGAUAUAUUUUUAAACAUAGAAG